AUUUAAAGCUUCGUCCGUUCAAGUUGAGAACAUCAAUUGUGCUCUCAUCUCGUCAUUCCACAUUGGAGCAGACGAGUGAACACUGGUCUUAAAACCGGAUUUUCAUUUCGUAUCAUAAACAUAUCAUGCUCCAUUAUUUUCAAAUAUUAACCGCAUUCGUCGCGGUUUUUCUCGCUUUAUAUUAUUACUUCAUAUCGAGGUUUGAUUUUUGGAAAAAUCACGGCGUGAUUGGACCCAAACCUAUACCACUUUUUGGAAACGCCAAAGAUGUUCUGCUAAGAAAAAUUGGAAUUGGCACCUUUAUAACGGAACUCUAUCAGAAAUACGAGAACGAGCGAAUGUUUGGGAUAUUCAUCGGCAAAUUGCCCAAUCUCGUUUUGCGCGAUCUUGAUCUUAUCAAGGAUGUUUUAAUUAAAGAUUUCUCUAUAUUUGAUAAUCGAGGAUUAAAUGUUCUCGAACGAGCCGACCCUUUUUCUGUAAAUAUAUUCACUAUAAAUGCUAAAAGAUGGCGACCAUUAAGAGCGAGAUUGUCACCUGUGUUUACUUCUGGUAAAUUGAAAGAAAUGUUCCCCUUGAUAUUGGAAUGCGCCGAACAUUUGGAGCAAUGUUUAGAGGAUAUUGUGAAAAAAGGAGAGCCUGUGGAUUUUUAUGAAAUAUCAGAGAGAUACACCAUAGAUGUUAUUGGAAGUUGCGCUUUUGGAAUCAACAUGAACGCGUUGUCAGACGAGUCUAGUGAAUUCCGCAAAAUGGGAAAAAGUAUCUUUGAUCAAAAUAUAAUCAAGUUUAUGAGAAAUUUUCUUCGAGAUUUCUUUCCACGAUUCUAUAAUUUACUUGGCUUCGUAUUACCGUACGCGAAAUCAAUUGUAUUCAUGACCAAGCUAAUCAAGGAGACGAUCAAAUAUAGGGAAGACAAUAAUGUCACGAGAUUAGAUUUUGUAAAUUCGUUGAUGGAUUUGAAGAAGCAUCCGGAAAAAUUAAAGAAUAUUGAAAUAACGGACACUUUCCUUGCCGCGCAAGCUUCCAUUUUCUUCGCGGCUGGGUUUGAAACGUCAACAGCGGCAAUGGCACAUUUUCUUUAUGAAAUGGCUCUGAAUCCUAGCAUGCAAGAUAAACUACGAAAAGAAUUGAAAGAAUUCCACGUCAAAAAUAAUGGGAAUCUGAAAUACGAGGAUAUCAAAGAAAUGAAAUAUUUCGACAAAGUAUUUAAAGAAACACUUAGAAAAUAUCCACCAGGAAUGAUUCUAAGGCGAGAAUGCAACACUAAUUAUACCUUUCGUGGUACAAAAGUAACGAUACCUGUUGGAACUGUUGUAAUUAUUCCUUUGUAUGGAAUUCAAAUAGAUCCAAAAUUCUACGAAAAUCCAGAUGUGUUUGAUCCCGAAAGAUUUAACGACGAUGCAGUAGCUGCAAGGCAUCCAAUGAGCUAUAUGCCAUUUGGCGAUGGACCAAGGAAUUGCAUUGGAGCACGGUUUGCAGUUUAUCAAACAAAACUUGGAUUGAUAAAAAUGCUGCAAGAUUUCAGAGUAGACAUUUGCGAAAGGACGAUGAUUCCUUAUGUAAAAAAGACAAAUUCACUUAUGUUCACACCUAAAGAUGGAAUUUUCUUGAAGAUAGAAAAAAUAAUUGAUUAAAGUAAAAGCAAAAAUAAA